AUGAGCUCAUCAACACCCCCCCGGUGGACGGCGCUCGCCCGUGACACCAACGAGACGAGCAUCCAGCUUGCGCUGAACCUCGACGGUGGUGCAUUCCCGCCCGAGACGGACGAGAGAUUGCUUGCGACUGGCGCCGACGGACAUGCAUCACAGUCUAGCAAGUCGCAGACAAUAAGUGUGCACACAGGAAUUGGAUUUCUAGACCACAUGCUGCACGCCCUCGCGAAGCACGCCGGCUGGAGUCUGGCGAUAGCAUGCAAGGGCGACCUGCACAUCGACGACCACCACACCGCUGAAGACGUCUGCAUAGCCCUCGGCAGCGCCUUCGCCAAGGCCCUCAACUCCAUGGCCGGGCUCGCCCGCUUUGGCUACGCAUACGCCCCGCUGGACGAGGCUCUCAGCCGCGCGGUCGUCGACCUCUCCAACAGGCCGUACAGCGUGGUCGACCUGGGCCUGCGGCGCGAGAAGAUCGGCGACCUGAGCUGCGAGAUGAUCCCCCACUGCCUGCAGAGCUUCGCGCAGGGGGCGCGCGUGACGCUCCACGUCGACUGCAUCCGGGGCGAGAACGACCACCAUCGCGCCGAGUCAGCGUUCAAGGCCCUGGCGGUGGCGAUACGUAUGGCCACGAGCAAGGUGCCAGGCAAGGAGGGAGAGGUGCCGAGCACCAAGGGAACACUGAGUGCGCUGGGCUAA